AUGGACACAUUCCAGUACCCCAGGUCAGGCCUCCAACACCCAACAUGGACACAUUCCAGUGCCCCGGGUCAGGCCUCCAACACCCAACAUGGACACAUUCCAGUGCCACAGGUCAGGCCUCCAACACCCAACAUGGACACAUUCCAGUGCCCCGGGUCAGGCCUCCAACACCCAACAUGGACACAUUCCAGUGCCGGGCCAGGUCCAGGCCUCCAACACCCAACAUGGACACAUUCCCCAACAGGUCCAGGCCUCCAACAGCUCAGGGUCAGGCCUCCAACACCCAACAUGGACACAUUCCAGUGCCCCAGGCCAGGCCUCCAACAGCUGGUCCCCCAGGCCAGGCCUCCAACAGCUGGUCCCCCAGGUCAGGCCUCCAACAGCUGGUCGCCCCAGGCCAGGCCUCCAACAGCUGGUCCCCCAGGCCAGGCCUCCAACAGCUGGUCGCCCCAGGCCAGGCCUCCAACAGCUGGUCGCCCCAGGCCAGGCCUUCCAACAGCUGGUCGUCCCCCAGGCCAGGCCUUCCAACAGCUGGUCGCCCCAGGCCAGGCCUCCAACAGCUUCAGGCCACAGCUGGUCGCCCCAGGCCAGGCCUCCAACAGCUCGCCCAGGCCAGGUCCAACAGCUGGUCCCCAGGCCAGGCCUCCAACAGCUGGUCGCCCCAGGCCAGGCCUCCAACAGCUGGUGGCCUCCAACAGCUGGUCGCCCCAGGCCAGGCCUCCAACAGCUGGUCCCCCAGGCCAGGUCGCCCCAGGCCAGGCCUCCAACAGCUGGUUCCCCAGGUCAGGCCUCCAACAGCUGGUCGCCCCAG